ACGUUUCAUAUCGGACCGAAAAUCAUAUGGGACCAAAUGUAGGCAUAAUGAUCGAUGUUUGACAGUCUAUGAUGUUUGACAGCAGCACGAAAAAAUUGGAGUAUAAAAAACGGUUUCGAUUGAAAUUUAGAUUUUAACGGGUUUUUGUUUUUUUAAUUAUUCUUUUGUCACAUUUUGGAUAAAUACUUCGUGACGUAUUUGUCGAGGACAUCUUGAUAAUGGUGGCAAAAUCUCCCUCUCCUCUGCCUGAGAGGGCCAUUUAUGGGUUUGUCCUUUUCCUCGGCUCACAGUUUGGCUUCUGUAAGUAUUGUCAUUUCACUCUUCCAAUAUUAAAGUACGACAAGCGCGUGUACAGUCAUAUGAUCUUAUGGAAAGAACCCCUGUUGCUGUUUGGAGUGAACAUGAACAACACGGCUCCACUUGACUCCGUGGACAUCAUCACAGAUGUGUAUGCUCAAGGCCAGAGGACAACAGACUGCCGCAAGGGGGGAAUACCCAGACUGAAAGAUGUUUCCAUCGGUGAAGUCAACAAAAUGUUCUAUUUGUCGCCCAAGCUAUAACAAACAGGGACUGAUUUUAGAUGGAUGCAGAGUAGAGGUGAAGCUGCAGGGGAUUUAUUAUGGUGUAACUGUUUACCUUUUGU